UAAAAUCGAGCAGAUAUAUUUUUAAAUAGCAGAAGACUCAUCUAGUAAAGAACUGGCCGCAAGAACCUAGCCUGACCUAGCCCAUCUGACUGAAUGCUGACAGCGACUCUCGCGAUAGUUUCUAGAAAUGAACUGACUAUCUAUGUGAACGCUGCAUGUAUAGGAAAAAGAUUUCAGAAUGGCGACUGUCUUUACUUAGGAGAGUACUUAUUCCCGCCCAGGAAUCGUGUAAUUACCGUGUGUCUUUGAAAAGUUCCAUGUGUUUUUCGUCGCCUGUUCACUGAAAAUGAUAAUAGAGAAUCCUGAUCAAUUCAAGGCGUGGCUCACAGCCGUCUUGGAACCACUCUGUGACGCAGACCCUGCUGCAUUAGCAAAAUAUGUAUAUGCCCUUGUUAAGAAGGACAAGACAUUGGAGGAGUUAAGGGGUGGAAUGGUCGAGCAGCUUGAUGUAUUUUUGCAGCAAGAAACAAAAAAUUUCGUGGAAUUAUUAUUCAAGACAUUGGAAACUCAAGAGUACGUACUUCCACCUCCGAAAAGUGAUCCGGACGGUGGUGGGACACCACCUGGUGUGAAUCCACCACCGCCUACAUUAACCACAGAAAAAGUAACCGAAAGUACAAUUCCAAUCGCUCCUAUAAACGCCAAUCCUCCUGCUCCAGUCCAAAUGAACGGAUCUGCGCCUAUGGCUAUAGGCAAACGCGAAACGAGAAAAUCGGACUCUGAUAAAGUCGACAAAGAGAAAGAGAAACGUUCUAGGAGUCGAAGUGGCCGAAUGAGAUCUCGAACUAGGUCGCGUUCCCGAUCGUGGGAAAGGGAUAGGCGUAGAUCAAGAAGCAGGGAACAUAUUCGUCGCGACCGAGAACGCGAUAGGAGUCGACCGUGGAGAAACGAAUCGCCACCAAAUACACGACGGCACGACAGAAGGCGGAGCAGAAGUCGUAGUACAUCACCGAUACGUCCGAGAAUACGAGACGGUCCGGACAAUCGUGAUCACAGGGCUCGAUUUAGGAACCGAUCUCCGACACCUCUUCGAUCUCGAUCUCGAUCCAGGUCGUUGGAUCGUAAGAAGAUAGAUCGUUCUGAUCGAAUGGACGUAGACAGGACAGAGAGAAUCGAAGGCAGUCCCGGUGGUGGCACUCCGACACAGGAUAGCAAUCACGGGGACGUGGACAUGAGGUUGUCUACUACUAGUCAGUCAAUUCAAAGCGUCGUCGCCGUUGCUUCUAAUGUUCCAAAUAGCCAGCCGGGUUUCCAACCGAAGAGGAGAUGUAGAGAUUUCGACGAGAAAGGAUAUUGCAUGAGAGGUGAUCUCUGCCCUUAUGAUCAUGGUACGGAUCCAGUCGUGUUAGAAGACGUAGCUUUAAGUCGUGUGCUGACCUUCGGUCCGCAUAGUGCACAAGCACCAGGAACAGUACCUGUAACAGCAGUACCAGAACCGCCUCCAGGACCCAAUGGCAAUGCUCCGCCUCAACAUCUACCCCUCGCGAGUUUGCCUCCACCGCAUUUAAGGAAUCAACAUCAUUCUAACAUGGAUGCAUUCGCUGAAUAUAAUCCCGAUGCACCGAGCAUGGAGCCGCGAAUGCCGUGGGGCAGACACCCACCACCUGGCCCAGGGAUCUACGGGAGAGGUCAACGGGAAUUGAUUAGCGUGCCAGUAAUUCCACACACAAACUCGUCCGAGAUAACGCAUACGCAAACAAAUCCGUUAAAGCGUAAACAGGCGUUCGAUUUCAAUCGCCUCGGACCAAAACAACGAGUGGUACAUAAUCCGGCUAAUUGUUCCCUGGAGUUGAAAAAAGUUCCCCGUAGCUUGAACAACAUUACUCAAUUGAACAAUCACUUCUCGAAGUUCGGUAAAAUUGUAAAUAUCCAAGUUAAUUUCGGUGGCGAUCCCGAGGGAGCGUUGGUCACCUUCCAGCUGCCAGCUGAAGCUAAGGCCGCAUACAGAAGUACAGAGGCUGUGUUGAAUAAUAGAUUUAUCAAAGUUUUUUGGCAUAACAAUGUCAACAAUAAUGCAGCUGGUAGUGCGAUUGAAAAUGUGCCACCAGGAUGCCGUCCUUCGGUCAAAGAACGGUUAGGUGCUGCUGUGACAACGCCGGCUAAGACAGAUGAGAACGAAUAUAUUCCUACUCGUCGUUCAACCGAAGAGCAACAAGUCCCGCAGCCACUGGCUCCGUCAUCGCCAAAAGCUGCUACUGUUCCUACUCGGGAGGAUAAAGUUCUCGUGAUAAAAAAGACUCAAGAGAUAUUAGCCGCUAAAGAGACGUUAAAGAAGAAACAGGAGGAGAAGCGUAAAGAGGCAAUGAAAUUGACUGCCGAUUUGCGAAAGAGGAAACAAGAACUGUUAGACAAGCAUUUGAUAGAGCUUCGAGCGUUAAUUGAGAAAGCCGAGAAGAACCCGGAACAAAAGGAUGCAAUUAUGGCUACAAUUAAAACCAUGGAGCAGUCUAUCGGCAAUCUUCGCAAAGACCUGGCAGCCAACGGCCAGAUUGGUGGUGGCAAGACACAGGCGAAAUCCAGAGAACAAACCCAGAAAGAGAUACUGGACGCGGAAUUAGAUUUAAUGACAGCGCAACAGGAAGGACAAGACGCUGGGGAAUUGCAAAAGAGAUUAAACGAAUUACGUGCGCAGGCAGCUGCGUUGGGUUUAAAUGCAGGUUCGGCCAUUGGCAGGGGUACAAGAUCCAGCAGAGUGAUAAGGGGUAGCCACGCGUUAUCGUAUAGGGGUCGUGGCAGAGGCUUCGCCCACGUUUCGGUAGAUCAUAGACCUACGAGUCUUUUAGUUUCUGGAUAUGAAACUGAAGAGAAGGCUGAAGUUUUAGCGCACUUUCAACAAUUUGGCGAAAUAGUGAAUCAAAUAGUAGACGAUGCGACCCCGUCGAUCGUGAUCAAUUACAAAUCAAGAAAGGAAGCCGAGGUAGCUUUAGUCAAAGGACGCACAUUUCAAGAUAGAUUAUUGUCCAUAACAUGGGUGUCCGGGCAUCACCUACACCGCGGCGGAGCUGGCAGUAAUACGAACUCGUCCGUGCAACUCUCUUCGCGUUCCGAACAGGCGGCGCCCACCACCGAGGAAGAUAUCGAGUUAGAAGGUAACGCUGAGGCAUUGCUCCUCGAGGAGAACGAGAACGAGGAGGAGGAAGACGAGGACGGUGAAUCGCGAAGCUGGCGGCGAUAGCAGCGUCGGCUUAACUCGUGACAAAAACUUGGUACCAGCUACAAUGACUGUGUAAUGAUCUGGGCGAAUCAAUACGUGUCCAGCACCUGCGCCACCGUUGCACUGUCGUUCGACGCAUUAAAUGCCAUGAUUUCCAUGAAAAAAUCUGAUUUACGAGCUCAUACACGUUCUCAUGAGUGUUACACUAUUUGUUAAUAUUAUUAAAAUAUAUUACGCGUGCGCAUUAUGACGGUAUUAAUAAAUGUACCGUGUCGAAUGUUAUGCGUCGCGAGAUAGGAAAAGAGGAAAAAAAACAGCAGAUACGCAAGUUUCCAACAAGAACAAAAACUAACCAAAUUUAUCCCAUUAUUUGUAGAAUAAAAUCGCUAUGUUUUCUAUGGGAAAAACAUCUUAUUCUGAAUUUCGAAGUCCUUCAUUCUUUUCGUCUGUAGAAUCGCGACUCAUCUCUUGUUAUUACGUUCGAGAGUUAUUACUUUCGAGUGUAUAUCUACGAUGAAAAAAAAAAGGUAGCCAGACUUUUAGAUAUAAUAGGUAGAUACUUAAUUUUCAGAAAUUUUACAAUCGAAAGUGAGGAAACUAUAUUUAUAACUUGUAAGAUACAAAUACAAUUUAUUAUAAUAAUUACCGCAUAAGAUUAUAGCGUUACAACUCUCCGAAGUAGUGUAA